AUGGGCCUCGGCAUCUCCGCGCCCAUCUCGAACCAGGGCACCUCAGGCCAGGUUCAAAAUGGCACUCAACAGGCGCAGGACGGCUGGUUCCCUGAGGGCACUCAGGCGACUCAAUGGGACGAGGAGAUGAACGACCUUCUGGAGACGCUCGAGAGCUCUAGGCCCGAGGGCGUCGCCCCUGUCGUUCCCGGUGGUGGUGCUGUCGGUGUUGCGCCUGUGACUGGCGAGGAGUGGGCCUGGGAGGCGACGAUGGUCGAGCUUUAG